ACAUGCCAUAAUGAGAGGGAUGGACGGUGUCCUCUUCUCUAAAGUUCGUCUGCCAAGUUCGCACAAACAUUUUUGUUACGUUUGUGCGAAACUUGAUUGUAUUUGCAAGGAUGAUGGCGACAAAACUGACUCGAAAGAUGAUUCCAAGGCCAAGCAGGACGUCGCCGAGGCUGUCGUCGACUCCACCACUGAAAACAAAGUUGUCGCCGGUCCGGCGAAUAAUGACGACACGACCAGCUCCAAGGAAGAUGUCGCCAGUAACUCGAGCAUUGUAAGCUACACCACAAGUUGGAAACGGUUUGCAAUCUUGCCAUAUCAGGACAGGCGGAAGUUUACUCUCGGGACAAGAUACACGUCAUGGCAAGAUCAAGGAGAAUUUAUCUUCCUGAAUAUCAAGCACAUCGAUGAUGACUAUUCGGACGUUGAUUACUCCUCUUAUGACGACUCCAGUGAUGGCUACUCUGACCAGGAUGACGACAAGGACGACAUGAAGGAGACGGCGGCGUCAAUCGUGGAAAUCUCUUGCGAUAGUGGACAGUACUACAUAAUGUCGGCCGUAGGAGUCAAACUUGUUAUCAAUGGCAAGAAGAAGCGACACAACAAUGGUCGAUACAAACUAAAUUUUGGAGACAGAUUGGACAUCUCUUGGAAGGGAGAGAACGUUUAAACCGAACGGCUUUGUAGACUAUUACCAAGAAGAUAGUGACACUGAAGAUGCCGAAGAGGUCUCACCUGGAAAAAAUGAUGUAAAUUUUACGGCCGGCCAAAACCAGUUGAUAUUGUCCAAAAUCCUGUCCUACCUCCCCCUCCCAAGUUUAAAAUGCGCUCGACUUGUUUGCAAAGAUUGGAACGAUCUGGGCUCCAGAAUUUUACGAAAUACGGGAUACGCCACCUUCCAGUACCAACAUGAUUACGAAGAGUACAACGAGGACGUCAAUGCAUCCAUGAAGUUUCACCGGUACGUUCAAGAAAUGACCGAGCUGGCCGUGUCGAAUUGGACACUCUUCAUACCAAAAUUUGAACUUCACCGGCAUCGAUUUCCAGAUGCAUACGAAUCCAGCGUGUAUAACAUUCCCGAACACAGAGAAGGAGGAAAAUAUAUCGAAGAUUUGAACUGGUUUCUUCACCCGAACAGAGGUCAUCACGUUAAACGGUUGCAGCUGCAUGGCCGAAUUUACUCCAACUUUGACUAAAUACAAAAUCUUCCUAAAAGUUGUCACUAAACUGCAAGAAAAUUUGCAAGAAUUAGAAUUGCACGCAGAAUUCAUCAUUACGAAAGAAAACGGAGGCGAACAAGCGUACAAAACUAGGGGACAUCUUAACUUAAAAAAGCUAAAACUAUUUUCCUUCGAUAUGACUGGAAAUAUUCCCCGUAUUGUGUACCCAGACUCCUUGAACCUCGCCUGGUUAGCUUCCUGGGCAUCGGCAAUUGUGGAUGUGGAAACAAUCGCAAUUUCUGGGUGUGCCGCCAUGUCGUCAGUUUUCGUCAAACACUUGCUUUUUGCAAGUGUUUGACGAAAACUGACGAUUGGACCUUCUUCGUUCCCAAAGUUGACUAAAUUUGCCAUGUUGCCCUGGCUCAGUCACUCCAAGGCGUCGCUCGGCCUGGAUUUUCUGUUUGGAUUGAAACAACCCUUAGUCAGUUUAGGAAUGGCGAGGCUACUAAAUCUUGAGGAUGUUCGGAAGUUUGAAAAAUUGGUGGAGAAACAUGCUCAAACUUUGGAAUCCUUGGAAUUUAUCGUGUCAACGGAAGGAGACGCCAAGAAUGGGUUGGAAAUUCAGCUCCCUGCCCUCCCCAAUUUGCAAGAUCUCGACUUUUCCGUCCAUCGAGGAUAUGACAAAGUCAACAGGAGUUAUGCCAUGGUGAUCUUGACCUUUCCAGGGGACACGGGCAUCGUUAAUUACAAGGCACACCUCCCAUCCAUUCGCACAAUUCGAAUCGUCCCCUACAAUGAGGUGAGUGGUCAGAAGAGUUGGGAAAAAUAUGGCAAUUUUUUCGACACCUUCCUCCCCAAGAAAGUCACAUCUUCAAAUCAACAAGAAGUUUGCACUACUCUGAAAAGAUUAUACAUUCCGUACAAGAUUGGAGAGGAUCCAGAAAUUCCAUACCCACGAGUGGCCGAACUUGCCGGAAUGUUUCCAAAUGUGGGGAAGAAAUUCAUGACCAAAUUUACGAAUCUUGCCGCAAUUCGGGCAGGCAUGAUUGAAAAGGAAAAUUAAACAACAUAACUUUCUUUUUUUCAAAAUAUUUAUAAAACUGGAUUGAUAAGUUGUACCCGAUGAAUUGUAUUACUUUGUUUGUGUUAUUUACCUUUAAAGAUUGUAUCUGUGAGUUAUUUACGAAUUUGUGUUUUUGCACCCGGCUUGGAUUCCCUGGAUUGUUGAAUAAA